AUGACCGUCGACCCAGAAAGUAUUGUGAAAAAUGGGGAUGCUGAUUAUGUCCUAAAGAUAUUUCAGGCAACGCUAAAUCUCAUAGCUCAUGUUCUUAUUGGUAUAGUUGUCGGUGCUUGCAUAUUAAUUUCCUUUUCAAAUGGCCUUCCUAUGUCACCAAUUAUGCAACAUGUCGUUCUUUGUGCGGUUGGGUAUCAAUUGUUAAUGGCUGAAGCCAUUCUCAGUUUAUCAGCUGAUAAUGGAUGGUCAGCAGUACUACGGUUUAAGGACAAACGAAGGGCACAUACGAUUUUGCAAGUGACUGGUUCAGCCCUUGCUAUCGCAGGAACUUUAAUCGUAAUGAUGGAAAAGACCAGUCACUUCACAAGUACACAUGGUAUAUUGGGUUUCGUAGCCCUUGUGUUUACGACGUUGAGUCUUGUCAAUGGUCUAACAUCUCUCUAUGCACACGAGUGGCGCAAGUUCUGUCCUGGGAACAUAUCAAAAAUAACUCACAUCUGUUUUGGAAUAAUCGCCUUUGGAGCCGCAUCAGCCAGCUUGUGCUAUGGAUUUGAUGCUUUCUUCUUUAGAAUGUGGGCAGGCAACAAUGCACUGACAGACACCCUUAUUGGCUUCACUGCAGCUUUGACCACUAUCAUCAUCAUAAAUCCUACGAUCACCUUUUUUAAAAAGACCUCGCGCUUUGCUAAGAAGUAACAUUGAUUUCCUAAACGAGAAAACAGUCUUUGCACAUGUGGAUUUAAUUCUCGCACAUGUUGGUAUCGAAAGAACCUAAUUAUGGUUA